AUGUUUCGGGCCCAGCAGAAUGCCUUUGACGAUGUCGUCGCUAAGGCGACUGAUGAGAAUCUCACAUCGGAGAACUGGGAAUACAUUAUGGAUGUCUGCGACAAGGUCACCACAGAAGACAGCGGCGCCAAGGAUGCUGUGGCAGCAAUGAUCAAGAGGCUGGCGCAUCGCAAUGCCAAUGUGCAACUGUAUACUUUGGAACUUGCCAAUGCGCUCAGCCAGAAUUGCGGCCCGAAGAUGCAUCGGGAGCUUGCUUCGAGAGCCUUUACAGACGCCCUUCUGCGACUAGCCAAUGACCGAAACACGCACCAGCAAGUCAAGGCGAAGAUAUUAGAGCGGAUGCAGGAAUGGGCAGGUAUGUUCAAGGACCCGGAUUUGGGCAUUAUGAAGGACCAGUACCACAAACUCAAGAGCCAGAACCCAAACCUGCAUCCACCGUCCGCUCCACAGAAGAGCAGACUCACGGAUGUCGAUCGCCAGAAGGAAGAGGAAGAGUUACAGAUGGCCUUGAAGCUAUCUAUCCAAGAAAAGACCCCCAUACCACAAACGAAGUCUUCUCAGCAACCUGAGCGGGUUGGACCUUCGCAGUCCCAAUCCGCCUCGCAACCACAAACAGUUCCCUCGGGAACUACAGCAGCAACGGUCUCGCGAGUUAAAGCACUCUUUGACUUCAACGCUACCGAUCUGGAUGAGUUGACGUUCAGGAAGGGGGAUGUCAUUGCAGUACUGGAAUCUGUGUACAAGGACUGGUGGAAGGGACUACUGAGAGGGCAAACCGGUAUCUUCCCUCUAAACUAUGUCGAAAAGCUGGCAGAUCCUACAGCAGAAGAGCUACAACGAGAAGCUCAAAUGGAGGCCGAGGUUUUUGCAGAAAUCAAGAAUGUUGAGAAGUUACUUACGCUAUUAAGUACUUCCUCGGCAGACUUGAACGUUAAGGAUAACGAGGAGAUCACCAAACUCUACCAUUCUACUCUUGCUAUCCGUCCAAAACUCAUAGAGCUGAUCGGAAAAUACUCCCAACGAAAAGACGAUUUUACUCAGCUCAACGAGAGAUUUAUCAAGUCCUGCCGAGACUACGAAAACUUGUUGGAUGCCUCGAUGACACAGGCCCAACCUGCGUAUCAAUAUGGCCGUCAUCCACAACCCGGCUACGGUGGUGGCUAUCCAGCUCAAUCAGCUCCCCAACAGCAAGAUCCGCAAAGAUACUACACCCCUAAUCAGCAACAAGACCAAUACGCGCAACAGAGCUCUUCUCAAGGAUACCCUCCUCAUCGUACCGGACCAGCCCCUUUUUACGUUGUCGCUCAAGGACAGCAAGCUCCUGAGCCUCAAGCACCUCAAGCCCAACACCAAUACCCUCCGGGAAACCCUACCACCCGUAUACCCUCUAAUAACAUGCCGCCACCUAUUCAGACGAGCUCGCCGCCACCUUCAAAUCCAUACCCCACGCCACUGCCACAGACUGGCCACCGCCCCCAAAGUACAUACUCCAACCCACAAGAGCUCGCUACUUCAGUUUAUGACUCCCCCGUCACCCAAAAACCCCCACAGCACGGUGCCCUCUACUCAAACGACGACUCCCAUCCGGCUGUACCUGCUACCAAUACCCAAUCACCACCGGGUCAGCAACAGUACAACGCGUAUGCCCCUCCACAACAACAGCAAUAUGCAGCUAUCCAUCAACCCACCUACGACGCACCAGCGCCACCAACAGAAAAUCCUCCUCCCCCGCCAGCAGGCGCCCCGGGAGGCUACUCAAGCAUCAGCCAACCGCAAGAUGCCAGACAGACGCUACCCAGCCAAGUCGGCCAAGCACGGUAUAAGCCAUACCAGCGCCCCAGCUCAUCAGAGGGACAAAGUUCAACCGCGCCAUCCGCACCGCCGGGAGCACCGCAAGAUUUCUACAGACAGAGCGCGGCCUAUUAG